GCCCGUUUUCUCUCCUAAGUGAGGACGACGUUUUCCAUUCACCAGACCAGAGAGAAAAAACGGCAGAAAGAGAACAUCUACCACACCGGGGUUUGGUCGGGAAAAGGAAAGCCUCAGCUGCUAUACCGGGAUAAACAUACUGUACUAGGCGGGGAUAACAGCGGUGUUCACCGGGGCUCCCUUCACGGCUGAUCAGUGAUUGGAGAGGAUGAUGCUCUGCUGAAUCCCCACUUCCUUUAUCCUCCACACCACCACCUCCAUCAUGAACCACACCCCCAGCCCCCACCUGUCGGAGGGUGGGAAGUCUUCCGGAGGGGGCCUGCUAUGCAGCCUGGGUCUGGGAUCCGACCGGGGCAUCCGCUCCCCGGACAGCCUGGCCCACACCCCCAGCCCCACCGGAGAAACCCCGAGCUCUAGCCCCCCCCUGCUGCUGUCGCCCGGGCUGGGUGGCUUUGGGCUGGUGUCCCUGGGGGCCAUGGGCGAGGGGGCCGACUGGGAGAGCAGGGAGGAGCUGAGGCUCCGGGAGCUGGAGGAGGCUCGGGCCAGAGCGGCACAGAUGGAGAAGACCAUGAGGUGGUGGUCCGACUGCACCGCCAACUGGAGGGAGAAGUGGAGCAAGGUGCGUGCGGAGAGGAACCGGGCCCGGGACGAGGUGCGCCAGCUGAGGCAGCGGCUGGACGCCCUCACCAAGGAGCUCAGCGGCGUGCGGCGGGAGCGGCAGGAACUGGCCUCUGAGAACGAGACACUACGGCAGGAAACGCUGCGUCUCCGUGGUGAACAAGCUCCUGGCGCUCUUCCUCCGUCUGCCACUUCUCCAUCUUCCUCCCCUGCACACCCUCCUGGUGCUUCCUCCUCCCCGUCCAUACCUCUUUCCUCCCCUGCCUCCUCCUCUCAGGUCCACACUGACGGCCAGCCGGACAGGGUGGGGGAGAGACCGCCGGGGUCUCCGGAGCCAGAACCAGUGAGGGACGUGGACCUGGACAGACAGAAGAUGGUUCUAGAGAAGGACCUGGAGGUGCUGGAGUCCGUCCUGCACUCCCGGGCCCCGGACGGUGACCCUCAGGAGUGCUGGGAGAGUAGGGGGGCUGUGAACUCCUCCACCCCCCGCUCAUCCUCCACUCUGAGCCGACAGGAGCGCAGCAGACAGCUGUGGGAGGACCUCGGCACUGGGGAGGAGGACUCGGGGAAACUGAACGCCCUGCAGCUCCGCCUGGACGAGUCCCAGAAGGUCCUGCUGAAGGAGAGAGAUGACAAGCUGGCUCUGAGUAAGAGCAUCGAGAGGCUGGAGGCUGACCUCACUCAGUGGAAGUUUAAAUAUGAGGAGCUCAGCAAGACCAAACAGGAGACCCUCAAACAGCUGAACCUGCUAAAAGAGAUGCAUCAGGAUGAACUGGGCCGCAUAUCUGAAGACCUGGAGGACGAGCUGGGGGCCCGGACCAGCAUGGACAAGAAACUAGCCGAGCUCCGGGCUGAGAUGGAGAGGCUGCAGGUGGAGAAUGCUGCAGAAUGGGGACGCAGGGAGCGCUUGGAGACGGACAAACUGGCCCUGGAGAGAGACAACAAGAAGCUGAGGGCCCAGGCUGAAGACCUGCAGGAGCAGCUGGCCAAGAAGCGGCGUCAGGCUGCCUCUGCACUCGACACCGACAUGAAGGCCAUCCAGAGCGAGCUGUUCGAGAGGAACAAGGAGCUCGCUGAUGUUCGCCAUGUUCACGCUAAGCUGAAGAAGCAGUUCCAAGAGAAGAUGGUAGAACUCGCCCACGCCAACCGGAGGGUGGAGAGCCACGAGGCCGAAGUGAAGAAGCUCCGACUGAGGGUGGAGGAGCUGAAGAAAGAGUUGGGACAGGCGGAGGAUGAGUUGGAUGAGUCCCAUAACCAGACCAGGAAACUGCAGAGAUCUCUGGAUGAGCAGGUGGAGCAGACUGAGAACCUGCAGGUUCAAUUGGAACACUUACAGUCAAGGACUCCAGAGUCGUGA